CCUUCUUUCAAUUAUAAAGCUGGUCAGUACUUGUUCUUAAAUGUACCCGCUAUUUCUACUUGGCAAUGGCAUCCGUUCACAAUCACCUCAGCGCCUGAAGAUCCUUACGUUUCUGUUCAUGUUCGCCAAGUUGGAGAUUUUACUAAUAAACUCGGUGAUUUUCUUGGAUGUGGUUCUGACUUUGAUACUAAACGAAGUAAACCUUCUGUUCUACCAACUCUCCGUAUCGAUGGUCCUUAUGGUGCACCUGCUGAAGAUGUAUUUAAAAAUGAGAUUGCUAUUUUGAUUGGUUGUGGUAUAGGUGUUACUCCUUUUGCUUCUAUCCUCAAAAAUAUUUGGCAUCAACAACAAAACAAACGCUUAUCGAAAUUAAAAAAAGUAGAAUUCUUUUGGAUAUGUCGUGACACCGGCUCGUUUGAAUGGUUUCAAUCUUUAUUGAAAACUUUAGAAGCUACUCAAAUGAAUGCUGGUUUCCUGAAAUUCCAUAUUUACCUAACAUCAAAACUUAGAGAAUCCACAAUAAAUAAUAUAAUAAUUAAUGAUGUAUCUAAUUCAUAUGAUCCAUUAACUGAUUUGGAAAGCAGAACACAUUAUGGUAGACCAAAUUUUGGUUAUAUAUUUAGUCAAUUAAAUCGGGCGAUUAUGAGUGGUCGUUAUUUACCAGGCAAAGAAGGAGAUCUAGUUACUAACGUAGGUGUAUAUUACUGUGGUCCUCCUGCUUUAGCUAAAAGUUUGAAAAAAAGAUUGUGA